AUGGUAAACUACGCAUCACUGGCCCUCGGGAAGAUGAACCGGACACUGGAGGCCGUGACUAUGCUGGAGCGAUGUCUACGUCUGGAUACAUCCUAUACUCCAGCAUACCUUGUCCUGGCCAAGCUGCACUCUCCGCCAGUGGCAGCGAGGCUCCUGUAUCACGUGACCCGGCUACUACCGAACUCUCCAGACUAUCAGGCGAGAAUAAUGGGGAGUAAACUGAAGGAUGAAGAAAUUCUUCACUACAUAGAAACUGAGCCAAUUCCUUCUGACGCCGAAUCAAUUGACGGCUUAGAAGAUGAGGAAUCAUCACCAUCAAACCUAACUGAACCGCCUGAUCUUGAUGAAAUUUCUGAUGUUCUUCCACUACAGAAUGAUUUUUCUCUAACUGAAUUUGAUCAUGACUAUUGUCUUUUCCCAUCUCCGAUGGAACUUAUAGGUUUUGGGGCAAAACAGUCUGGAAAACGGUACACUCCAACCACCAAAACUGAAAUGGAAGUAUUCUUAGGUAUUAAUAUCCUUAUGGGUAUCAAGCGUCUACCCAGCUACAGGGACUACUGGUCGUCAGAACCUGAUUUGAAUGAUCCCUUUAUAAGUAAACUGAUGCCUGUCAACAGAUUUAGUUGGCUGUUGGGUAACCUUCACUUAAAUGACAACGCAUUUUUGCCCCGAAAAGGAGAUCAAGAUUACGAUAAACUUUAUAAAUUACGUCCAUUCCUCAAUGCAAUAGCUGACAAUUUUCGGAGUAACUUCAUCCCAGGGCAAGUAAUGGCAGUCGACGAAUCAAUGAUUAAGUUUAAGGGGAGGAGUUCCUUGAAACAGUAUCUACCCAAAAAGCCCAUAAAGAGGGGGUACAAACUUUGGAUGCUUGCAGAUAAAUCAGGUUAUAUUGUUGAGUUUGAAGUAUAUACUGGGAAGGUAGGCGAAAUGACACAGCAUGAUUUAGGACCUACAGUUGUCAAGAACCUGACACAACGUUUUCAGGGCAAACACCAGACUGUGUAUAUCGAUAACUACUUUGUAAGCUAUUUGAUGGAAGACUUGAAAUCUAUGGACAUCAAUGCUUGUGGUAAAGUACAAGCAGGUAGAAAAAAUUUGCCUGUGUUCAAAGAUACUAAAGAGAUGGAUAGAGGGGACUAUGACUGGAGAGUUAGUGACGGAGGAGUAACUGCUAUCAAAUGGAUAGAUAACAAGGAAGUUCUCUUCCUUUCAAAUUUUCACGACCCGUUGGAGAUAACAACCGUAAAACGCAGAAUGAAAGACGGAAGUCGUGUUGACGUAAAUUGUCCUACUGCAGUUCAAGACUGCAACAUGAAUAUGAACUGUGUCGAUAAAUUCGAUCAGAUGAAGGCCUUAUACGAGAUAAGCCGAAAAAGUCAUAAGUGGUGGCACCGUAUAUUCUUCUACUUUGUUGAUGCUGCAAUAGUUAAUGCUUAUGCUAUCCACAACUGUCUCCCAGUACCUCGAUUAGACAUGAAAACCUUCAGAAGGCAGGUAAUGUUCGGCCUUGUCAGUGAGAAGUAUGUUGCUGCUGGGACCCGUGCAGUAAACACACCACCCAACUGGAAAAAUCGAGUACCCGAUGCUAUACGAAAGACCGGUUCUUCUCACCAGCCUGUAAAAAGUACAAGACGUCGCUGUGGUGUGUGCAGCACCAAAAAGAAGCAAGUGUUGACAAGCUGGCUUUGCAAUGUAGUGCCUGACGCACCACGGACACAGCGGGAGAGGCGCGAUAGUCUACAGCAUUGGGAACCAUGCACCUGUACAGCCGAAUAA